UACUAAGAUGGGCUAAUCUGUAGCAGCAGUUUACUCGGGUAUCACCCAGGGUGCCAGGAGGAUCAAGAAGUUUUAAAGUGGAAUUUUGCUUUAUACCUACUUUCCAUUUCACAGCACUCAGCUUAAUUUCUUUGUAUCUCUUUUUUUAUGAAAUAAAGUGGACAAAGCCCUCAGGUGGAUUAUCACAGUGCUUCUGGAAGAACUACUAAACUUGCAAGACUGGUUAUCCUGACUGAGAAGACAUGAAAGAAUAUGUGCUCCUUCUUUUCUUGGCUUUGUGCUCUGCUAAACCUCUCACUGGUCCUUCAUAUUUUACACUAAAGAACGUGAUGCUCCAAGAUAUGGAGGAGGAGGAGGAAGAGGAUGACGAUAAUUCUCUGUUUCCAACCACAGAACCAAUUAUACCACUAAUUCCUUUUGAUCUAUUCCCAAUAUGCCCCUUUGGAUGCCAGUGCUACGUGAGAGUUGUUCACUGCUCUGAUCUGGGUCUGACAUCAAUACCCCGUAACAUUCCACCAGAUACUCGCAUGAUCGACCUUCAAAACAACAAAAUUAGAGAGGUCAAGGAAAAUGAUCUCCAAGGACUCACAUCACUUUAUGCACUGGCUUUGAACAACAACAAAAUAACCAAGAUCCAUCCAAAAGCCUUCCAGCCAACAAAGAAGUUACGACGACUGUAUUUGUCUCAUAAUCAGCUAACUGAAAUCCCAGUAAAUCUACCAAUAUCUUUAGCAGAGCUCAGAAUUCAUGCUAAUAAGGUUAAGAAAAUCCACAAGGAAGCUUUUAAAGGAAUGAAGUCUUUACAUGUUUUGGAAAUGAGUGCAAAUCCUCUAAACAAUGAUGGAAUAGAGCCAGGAGCUUUUGAAGGAGUAAAUAUCUAUCAUAUAAGAAUUGCAGAAGCUAAAUUAACUUCAGUUCCUAAAGAACUACCCUCCAGUCUACUAGAACUUCAUUUAGAUGACAAUAAGAUCACAGCAAUCGAACUUGAGGAUUUUAACCGGUAUAAAGAUCUUCAAAGGCUAGGCCUUGGGAACAAUAAAAUCAAGGAUGUGGAAAACGGAAGUUUUGCCAAUAUACCACGUAUACGCGAGAUCCAUCUUGAAAAAAAUAAGCUCAAGAAAGUUCCUCCUGGACUACCCGAUUUGAAAUAUCUGCAGGUAGUCUUCCUCCAUUCUAAUCACAUUGCAAAACUGGGAGUGAAUGAUUUCUGUCCAACAGGAGGAAGAAAGAAGAAAGCAUUAUACAGCGGCAUAAGCCUCUUCAACAAUCCUGUGAAGUACUGGGAGGUUCAGCCUUCAACUUUUCGCUGCAUUUUAGCUAGAAACAGCGUGCAACUUAGAAAUUUCCUUAAGUAACACAGAAGUUGGGCAUGUCAAAAACAGUCUGUCCAAAUCAGUUUUACAAUACUUGAAAUCUGCUGAGAAAUGGCAAUUUUACACUAUUUAACCAGUUUAUAGAGUAUUUACUAUUUCAGAGAUAAUAAAGUAUAAACAAUGUAUCAGUAGGAUCCAUUGUAUUAUUUGACAAUGUUCAACCUACAUUUGAAUAAUUUAAGCAUAAACCUUUAUAUCUCUCGGAAAGACUCUUGCAAGUAGAACUGGAAACUGUAUUUGAUGUUUCCAAUUAUAGAUGUUGAAUUCUUAACGUAAAUAGUAAAGCUUUGACAUUUUUUUCUUAAAAAUAAAUUCUAAAAAUCUAGUAAAAGUAACUUUUUCCAUCAUAAGGUCUUUUUCUCUGUUCAAUGUCUUUUUAAAAAAAAGUAUUGCAAACAAUUUAUCAGAUUUCAAGUACAAGUUCUUAUGCCAUUUUUUGAUAACCAAUAAAUAGGCAAAGAUGCAACAAAAAGGUGCUGUAUUUUGAGUUCUUGUGUCACUAAACUAGAAUAUAUUUUUAUAAUCUAGUUAGUGAGAUAAAGGUGGGUUUCAUACAAAGAAGUAAUACACAAAAACUUUAAAGUUUUUGAUAUUUAUUAUUGCAACUUUAACUAGGGAAUGUCCUUCAAUGUUUUGUUAUCAACGUAAUUUGAUGCACUCUGAACACUACAGAGUAGCAUUCAAGAUUCAGCAUAUGCUUGAAGCUUAAUAGAAGUGAUAAUUAUACUCUUUUUAGGCCAGCACAAACAUUUUCUUUUACUUAUUUCAAUUGUAAUCACGCUCUUCAUUUAAGUUUUGUUUCCUCUUUUAUAUUUUUGACACCACAUGGGGUAGAAAUUCCUCAUUAAUGUUAAUAUUUACCCUAAAAUUGCUGAACCCAAGCAGCAGAUAGCUGGAACUCAAUUCUCCUGACUUAUGUAGGUCAGCACAUAGAAAUCUCAUUACUGACAGUACUGUAUAAAAUGGAUAUUUAUAUAUCUACUUAGUGUAUAUUUUC